CGCCAAGCAUUCCCAGUAACCAGUGUCUCCUGUACCAUCAGAAGCUGCAGAAGUCACCUACUUGCUGCCUCUGCAUAGUCUUUGCCCACUGAACAGCCAUGAGAAGGCAACUCCGGUCCAGGAGGGCUCCAGCCUUUCCUUACGGUUAUCGCUACAGACUUGAUGAUCAGGAUGAAGUGAAUCAGAACUACUUAGCAGAUGAAGAGGAAGAAGCAGAAGAGGCUCAGGUGUUGGUGGUGCCUGAUUUGGAGGAAGAAGAGGAGAAAGAGGAGGAGGAAAGGAGUCAGGGCCAGCCAAUAGGCAAUGCCUGGUGGCAGAAAUUACAGAUCAUGAUCGAAUACCUAUGGGAUCCGGAGAGAAGGAUCUCUCUGGCCCAAACAGGUCAGAGUUGGAGCCUGAUUUUAUUCAUUUACUUCUUCUUCUAUGCUUCUCUGGCUGCUGUGAUCACCCUCUGCAUGUAUAUGCUAUUUCUGACUAUCAGCCCUUACAUGCCGACCUUCACUGAGCGGGUAAAGACUCCUGGAGUUAUGAUCAGACCCUUCGCCCAUAGCCUUAACUUCAACUUCAACGUUUCUGAACCUGACACUUGGCAGCAUUAUGUGAUUAGCCUAAAUGGCUUUCUCCAAGGUUAUAAUGACAGUCUUCAAGAGGAAAUGAAUGUAGACUGUCCCCCGGGGCAGUACUUCAUCCAAGAUGGCAAUGAGGAUGAGGACAAGAAGGCCUGCCAAUUUAAGCGCUCCUUCCUGAAGAACUGCUCUGGUUUGGAGGACCCUACUUUUGGAUACGCUACUGGACAGCCUUGCAUCCUCCUAAAGAUGAACAGGAUUGUAGGCUUUCGUCCUGAGCUUGGAGAUCCCGUGAAGGUUUCCUGCAAAGUUCAGAGAGGUGAUGAAGAUGACAUCCGAUCCAUCAAUUAUUACCCAGAGUCGGCUUCUUUUGACCUCCGUUACUACCCUUACUAUGGCAAACUGACUCACGUUAACUACACUUCCCCUUUGGUGGCAAUGCACUUUACAGAUGUAGUGAAGAACCAAGCGGUGCCUGUACAGUGCCAACUAAAAGGCAAAGGCAUCAUAAAUGAUGUCAUCAGUGAUCAUUUUGUGGGUAGGGUAAUCUUCACCUUGAACAUAGAAACCUAAGAACUUCAGGAGGCCACUCCUACCAGUUCUGUUUCUGUUUUAUCUCAUGUUAUCCCUGGUAGCACCUGAAUCCUUUCUCUUCAAUUAAGACACAGUCAAAUGGACAUUAAAGAUGACAGAUCAUCUUUCCUUGCCUUUGACAUGUGUAGGAAGUGAUAUUGUGGGAGCUGUUUGAUUUUUUUAAAGGUAUUCUCUCCUGGUGACAGAUAAUAUUAAUUCAUUUUCCCAUUACUUAAAACUAAAAGUCAUUCUUGCUGUUAAAAAUCUCACUGUAGUAUAAACUGAUACAAUUCACAAUAGCCAUUCACAAUGGUCAGGAGAAUGCUUAUGAUGCUUAUAAAUCCAUCAUGUUUUCUAAAGUUUUGUUUUAUAGAUAAAAUUCCUCCCAACCAACCUGAUAAUCUACCCCUCCCCCCUCCUUUUAAAAUCUGCCUGGCAAGAUCUUUCCUUGGGAUUCAUCACUCAGACCAACCCAAGUAGCACCAUUGGGCCACUGUACCAAUAGCAAUGUAUAACCCGGGGUGCUAGAGAAACUGGCUGCCUUUUGGAGCAACUAACUACUGAUUCAGAGAUUAGGUUACCUUCAACUGGGAUAGAAAGCAGUGCUAACUAGAUAUUGUUCUGGAAUAGAGACGAAGACCUUCUGUGUUUUGGGAAGGUAGUGCUCACUUCAAUUGGGAAGAACACUUAGCAUAUGGAUUGUUGAUCCCUUCCUUGCUCUAUGGUAUAAUCACCCAAAGCCAAACAUUCCUACAGACAAGUUUGUCUGAGCUUCAGGUGAAGGAGAAAACAUGGAAGAUCUCCAUUGGCUAAUUCUUGGUUUUUUGUUUGUUUAUUUGUUUGACAGUGGUGUAAUAUUCUUGGAGACCAUCAGGGAUAGAUAUGUUGAAACCCCAGCUACAGCCUUGGGAAUUGAAAUCAGGGUCUUCCAAUUAAUAUAUGGCAAGACAGAGUGCUCCUGCCAGGCCAUCUUGAAGCCAAAGCUCAUUAGCCAGUUUUGCAUUUACUUUAAAAAUGACAUGGGGCAGAUGUUUGUCCAGGUACCUUUGUCUUAUCUUUGGCUAUGUGACCAUUCCAUUGCUACUUAACACCUCCACCAGGGGAAGGGCUGGGAUAAAGAGAGAAAGCCAGCAUGGGUGAAUAGAUUAGUGUCUCAGGGUCCAAAGCAAGCUUUAAUGACAGAAGCACCCAGCAUCUGAAUCUCCUCUACAGUGCUCACUUCAAAACAGGGAACAGGCAGUUUGGUAGUGAAGACAAAUGAGUAGAGAAGUAACUAUGAUACGGUGUAACGAGAGUUGUAGAACUGGUAUGUAGACCAUGAGGAAAAAUUACCUUCAGCUGAGAAAACAAGAGAGGGAAUUUUAUUUUCUUUGUUUUUGUGGUACUGGGGCCUUUGCACUGAGCUAUAUCUCCAGCCCCCUUAUUUUUUAUUUUGAGGUAGUGUCUCACUAAGUUGUUAAAUUGCCUGGGCUGGGCUCAAAUUUGCAAUCCUACUGCCUCAGCCUUCCAGAGUGCUGUAAUUACAGGCGUGUACCACCACGCCUGGCUUCAGAGGAAGUGUCACAUGAAAAGCCACAAUCAUGAAAAGGCCAUCAUGUGUUUUCGGAACUUUGAGUAGUUCGUGUAACUGGAGUGUAAAGAGCUCAGAGGACUGGCAGAAAGUGUUAGAAAAUGGGGCUAGGAGGUGCUCAGAGACUGGAUUUUAUUCAGUAGGUGAAAAAGAAUCUUUAAAGCACUUUAAUCAGGGAAGAUCUGUGAUCACAUUUGCAUUUUAGAAAGAAUAAUUUCACAAUCAUAAUGUGAAGGGUGGGCUGGAGAGUGACAAGACGGAUGAAUGGGAAGAAGAAAGAGUAAAAAAUGACCCCAGGUUUUUGAGUUUGGCUAGAAUCAGCCAGAUGAUAAUAGUGUUGAUAAAUACUGGGUAUAAGAGGUAAACAGAUUUGAAGAGGAUAUUGCUGAGAUCAGCUUUGGACAUUUUAGGCCUGUGGUUUCUACUGAUCAGACAUUGAUAUGAAAAUGUAAAUUCAUGUUGAGUUGAAGAAAAGGAAAGCUGAGAACAAAAGCAACAUUUGGUUAAGCAAAUUCAUUUUAAAAAUUCUUAACAAUUUAAUCUUGGGAAUUUGAGCCACUUAUGUAAACACACUAUUCCAAUGUAAUCCCUACCAUAGUGUUUUUCUCUUGGCUUUGUGGCAGAAAGGACUGCUGUUGCUCUUUGGAAUUUCCUUCUCAGAUAUCUUUUAAGUUUUAUUGACAGAGUAGAGGAAGCCUGACUGCUAUUAACAAGUAAAAGAAGAUAACACAAUAGCAGGCGUGUAAAAAAUUUAAAAACAGUGAAACUGUCUUCUCCCAACCAAUUUCCUUAACAAAUUCAAUUAUCAAAACUAAACUUUAAAACUGAAAAAGACAGUAACUUAAGAUCAUUUAAAAAUUACCUCAAACAGCCGGGCAUGGUGGUACAUGCCUGUAAUCUCAGCAUUUGGGCGGCUGAGGCAGGAGGAUUGCUGUGAGUUAAGAGUCCAGCCUGGGCUACAUAGUGAGUUCAAGGCCAACCUGAACUAUACAGUGAGACCCUGUCUCAAAAAUCAAACAAACACACAAAAAAUUACCUCAAACAAUCAAACUCUCAACAUUCGAUAGUAAAAGAUAAUAGCACAUUAACUCUGGAAAGGAUAUUAGAGAGCAUUUAGAGAAAAUAGUCUGCAUUACAUCUGACUCCAGGUCCAGUGCUCUUUCUACUCUGAGCUGCUACUUACCAGGAAGUAUCAUUUUUUUAAAUCAAUGAAUGAUAUCCCAAAUAUUUUGAAAUGUAAGUCAAAUUUUAAUAAAAAUAGUUGACAUUUCACAGGAGUUAAACUACUGGUGCUAUAUUUUAUAUAUAAUACAUUAUCCUGUUAAAUACAUUGACAAUUCAACAAGGAAUUAUGAAUCUUUUGUCAUACAGUGUUUUUCAUUCAAUGGACUCUAUCAUGUCCACAACUUCAAAGAAAUAUUGAAGAACAUUAAGGCAGUUUGGGUUGUUGGCUAGGACAUGAAAAAAAUCACUUUAUUAUAUAGAAUUGGAUUAAUGAAUAUGUUCAUUAAUGUUAGAUUCUAACUAUUCCAUGAAAUUCUAGUCGAUUAACUUAAAUAGUCUCCCAUACUGUGCCAUACCAGGAUUUGAUUUAUAUACCAUCUGUUGCAAUACAUUUGAUUUUACUUGAUUGUCAAUGAGAAAUACUACUUCCAAAUGAUUUCAUGGUAUUGUCCAUGCUAGAUUUUCCAAUCCACUCCUCUGAAAUCAUUAUCCUAAGGUAAUAUUCCUUAGCAUCUAUUUAUAACUAACAUUUAUGUUGUCUUGGGGAGUUGUCGACAACAAUAAAUUGAAAUAAAAAAGAAAUGUGUGAUUUCUUUCUAGGGCGUAUCACUGAUUUUUCCACAGGAAUAUUGGGCAGCCACAUGGAUGGAACACUUGACAAUUGACAGCCUAUUAGUUGAAGACUGUUUUUCUCCCAUCACAACUUUUUUUUUGUUGGUUUUUGUUGUUGUUGUUGUUGUUGUUGUUGUUGUUAUUUGGAUUUUUUCUUUACACUUGGAGUUUCACACAUAGGAAGGUGAAACUGGAAGUAGUUUUGUUUCUGAGCAUUUUGUUUUCCUUUUGCAAUCUCCAUGCUCCAGUCCCUCAGUUAGAAUAUCUUUCCUUUUCUCAUCAAAGUUAGUUUCUGAUAUAAAUUGUUCUGUUUGUUUGUACUGUAGAGUAACACUAAGAGAAACUUUGAGGGGGCGGGGACUGGGAACCCCUGAAACCUUACCGGAAACUUCUGCAGUAGACUCCAGUCUCCUGUCCAGUGUAUGAUGCAGGCCUGAGAAUAAAAAACUAAAAGACAGAACUAAGAGAGACAGAAAGUGGGGCGCCAGGACAACCAAUGCCAGUGCAACUGACAAAGGCACUAGCCAAUCCAAGCCAUUGAUUUUUAUUGGUAAUCACUUCGGGUAAAGGUGAGCUACAUGCAAGGGCAGAACUACGUGCGAGGAUGUACAGUCAUGUGGUUUUUAUGGAAAUGUAAGCAAGGGUCAUAAAAUAUAAGAAAGCAUUUUUUGAAUUAGGAACAGAAUAGACAAAAAUAUAUGGUUGUAAUUAGAACAUUGUCCUUCUAGUAAGGAGGUUUCAAUUGUGGGAACAGAAUUUGGAUGAGAGUUACUCUGACCGCUGCACAUAGGCUUCAGCUGGACUUACUUCUAUAAACAAGCCAAUUGUGGGGUUAACUCUUUACAGCCUGAACUCUUUACAGCCUGCUUUGGGCAUAAUCAAUAUUGCCAUCUCCUACAGGGGGCAUAGAACAAAGAUCCAGAGAGAAACUCUGCAAGUACUUGAUAAAAGCUUGGCUACAUGACUUCAGGGCAUAUCUGCCUACAAACUGUCUCUCAAAGCAAAUCUCUCUCUAGUAACAGUUGCAAUUAAAGACAAGUAUUCCCAGUUCCUUAUUCUACUGGUAGGCUAGACUGCAGCAGUAAUGCCUUCUUUCCUUGGAGGCUGCCCUGGCCUAAGAUCUACUAGAUUGAUACGAUUUGAUUGGGGGGAGGGGU